AUGGUGAAGAUUGGUGAAUUGGGCAAGGAUGAAGCUGUGCUGCGUCUGAUCCCAGGAACGAGAUGCACCGCCGGCGACGCUCUGGGACUCGGGCAAACGCUGCCAGGCACAGCCAGGAAAAGCCCGCACCAUUCAAGAUCGCGUUGGACGGGAGCUUCCACUUGCAACGAUAACAAACGCUAUCUGCCCCUCCGAGAAAAGAGUCCACCGCUCCGCCGCGGACCCUCGUCGCCCUCCCUGCCACCACGCAAUGCGAUGGUUCUCGGGUGGUGA